AUGUUCCGUGGCUGCCGUCGAGAAGAGCUGCCGCCCCACAUUUAUGCGACGGCACAAUCCGCCUAUCGUCGCAUGCUUAAGGCAAACCAGAAUCAAGCCAUUUGUCCUAUUGGCAUUUCUGGUGCUGGAAAGAGUAUCAUGGUCGAACACACACUAAACUACCUCCUAACAGUAUCGAAUACUAGCAUCAAAAAAGAUGUGGUUAAUGCUGCAUGGAUGGCGCUUGAAUCCGUCAGUUGCGUCGAAUCACCCCAGGGUCGUGCAAGUUCAAAAGAUGUGAAGCUGUUUCAUCUUGACUACGAUAAGUCAGGGUCUCUUGUUUCCAUUGAUGUCCAGAGUGCUCUGCUAGACAAGGAGCACAUAACAUCAAGCUCACAAGAUCAAUCUAACUUCCUCGCUCUUCAUAUCCUCGCGGAGGGGGCAAAAGCUGAGCUGAGGAAAGACUUAUUCAUGAACGACAGGACGAAGACUGACAACAGAUACCUCCCUCCUACCAAGUCUCAGAACGAGCCAAGCUAUUGGGUUCGUCGAUUAGAAAAAUUCAAUCUGGCAUUAAAAGCACUCGACGCCGAAGCUAAUCAAAUUAGAUAUAUUAUGUGUCUUUUGGCAGCGAUUCUUCAUUUGGGAUGUGCAGGUUCCGAAAAGACCCCAGACGGAAAGCGAUUCCAAUACUCCGAUCCUGAAUCAGCUCAACGAGCAGCUGCUGUCCUCGGAAUUCCACAGGAGAGUCUUCAAAAAUAUAUUUUCGAACAGACUGUUCCUGGACGACCAGCGAAGAACACUAAUCUUGGGCAAGCUGCUAUCGAUGCUUUUGCACAAGGAUUGUACUGUGAAGUGUACCAGAUUAUUUACUCUAUUGUGAAUGCUGCCUUCAAAGGACGAGAAAGUGGAGUUCAUACGAUCACGGUUGUUGAUAUUCCAGGUUAUCAGCUUGGUAAACAUCAAUCUCUUUCAUCCUUGCUCUUCAACUACACUAACGACAGAUUAAUGCAAGUUCAUGACGAAAAACUGUUUCAAGAUGUCCAAAAACGGUAUGAGCAAGAAGGGCUGGAACUUGAUUUACCCGUGCCAGAUGUGGACUUGUCAGCAUCUGUGGACCUGGUGGACCGACAAAAUCGUGCGGCUUACAAUGAGGAUGAUGCCAAAGGUAUUUUGUGGAUGCUUGAGGAGGAAGCGCUGUAUCCUAACUCGUCUGCUGAAACAUUCACGGGCAAGGUUUUGACUCAAUACGGCAUCGGCAGGGAUCCACUCGUCCUACCAGCGACAGAAUCUAGGAGCGGAUUUAAGAUCCGACAUCAACAUGGUCAGUUCGAGGCUGAAUAUGAAUCAGCUUCUUGGCUCAUGGGCUCAAGAGAAGCUCCCCCCUCAGUUUACCUGCACAGCCAACUUCUUGUCCGAAUCGAAGAAGGUCAUAAUACAAAGUCUCGCCAAACGCUCAAACGACCUAGGAGGAGAUUUUGUCCGUGUAGUCUUCCAGCAACGAAACGAAAGAGUCCAACCCUCCAAGCAAAGGUCUCCGUGGAUUUGAUCGUUGAUAAGCUUCGACGAUGCGAAGUGCAUUUUGUCAAUGCCUUGUCUCCAACGAUCCAAGCGGAGCAAUCGGCACUCACAGACAUGCCAUUCCUGAGAAUGCAGAUUAGAGGUCUGCGCCUCGUUGAAUCCGGCCGCUUCAUCAAACAGGGAUUCCCAGACUCACUCAACUUUGACGAAUUUAUCAGACAAUUUGGCUGCUUGGUGAAGGUCUAUCCCAACGAUUACCACAAAACGCCCGAUAUUGUUAAGCUGCAUUGCGAUGCACAUGAGCUAGAGCGAACUCAAUAUAAGAUCGGUCGAUCGAAGAUCUUCUUCAGAACUGGCAUCAUUGCGAAAUUAGAGACAAGGCGAAAUAAGAAACUGAAUAUUCUUCUCUCGAGUUUCCAAGCUCGCUGCAAAGGUCAUCUUCAAAGGAAGAAGUUUGAAAAGCGAAAAGUCGGAGAGGUCGCUGCUAGAACGAUUCAGAGGAAUAUCCGAAGUUAUAUGGAAAGAAAAUCGUGGCCUUGGUGGAAACUCUAUACCAACAUCAUCCCCCUUAUUGAAACUCACAGAGCGGAUGUGGAGCUUCACGAGAAAACCACAGAGCUGGAAAAAUUAAAGCUCAAAUUCGAGCUACUGGAGGAAGAGAAUGCUAGGAACAAAGAACGGGCGGACAAACUGAAUUCCAAGGUAGAAGAGCUCACACACGACCUAAUCGAAGAGCAAAACGCCAACGCCGAGACAAACGAGCAGCUUGAAAUCGAGAUCGCAGAACGACGACAAGUCCAGCUUGAAAAUCGUGACUUGAAAUCACGCGCAGACGACAGCGAAAAGAGGUUUGAAGAAAUCGACAUCGAGCUAGCCGAACUGCGCCAACGCCACAAUCACACAGUUGAGCAAAUGAACAAAACCGUUGUUGAUGAUUCCGGCGAUGGCGACGAGACUGUUGAAGAAGUUCGUAUUCGCCUGGAACAUCAAAUCAGAGAAGUCGAAUUCGAAAAGAAAAAGCUCGAAGGCGACCUUGAAGAAAAGCUCGAAGUAAUGCGAACUGAGAAGCGCAACACUGAAAAACAACUGAACGAGCUAAAAGAAGAGCUUGAAAACCGCGAUCAAGAUCUUUCCCAAUCCAAGAAGCGGCAAGCCAGACAACUUGCCGAGCUUCACGAUACAAAAUUGCAGCUAGAGGAAGUCUCAGCGAAGAAUCAUGAGCUCGAAAAGAAGCAGCGCAAGUUUGACUCUGAAAUGUACGGUCAGCAAGCGGAAACUGCGCAGCACAAGAUCGACAAGGAUAAAUCCCAGCGAGAGAAGGAGAAUCUUCAGGCGCAAGUUUUCAAGCUGAAAAAUGAGCUUGAUGAGAAAAUCAAUGAUCUCGAGCUGUCGGAAAAGAGGAACCAACGAUUGGAAGCGGAAAUUCAAGAUUAUAUUUCGAGAGAUGACGACGACGGAGAAAUGGUAAACCAGCUCAAACGUAGCAAACGCGAAUUGGAGCAAAAUUUCCAAGAAUUACAGGAGGAAUUCGAUGAGCUCCUCGCUGAAAAUCAGCAAACUGAGCAAGCUCGCGAUAGAUUCCAGGUUCAAAAUGAGCGCGAUCGACAGCAAUAUCAGCGUCAGCUUGAAGCUAAGGAUCAAGAAAUUGACGACCAACGAGCGGGUUUCCAAAAGAGAAUUAAACAACUCGAGAUACAGCUUGAAGAGGAAGAGUCCGAGCGUCAAAGCGCUCAUAAACAGCGGAAGGAAGCUGAACUCAAGCUUAAUGAAUUGCGCACUACCGUUCCCGCCAAAAACGAGGAGAGCGAGAGGAAACUUCGUCGAGAUAUCCAGCGAUACCGUGCCCUUCUGAAGGAUGCCCAGCUCCAAAUUGAAGUUCUACGAAACGACUCUGUUUCACGAGCACAGCUCAAGCAACUUCAGACUCAACUUGAAGAGGCCUCGAUGAAUCAGAACAAGGUGUCGAAGAGCAAGAAAUCGAUCGAGUUUGAAAAUGAGGAUCUUGUGAGCCAGAUUGAGGAACUCACCAGGGCAAAGCAGGAAGUUGAAAGACAGCUUGCGGACUCACAUAGAGAACGAAAUGACCUCUGCAAUCGAAUAGAAGAGCAAGAAGAAGAUCUCGAAGAAACGAUGCAAAAGUACAAAUCCGCGGUCGAUAACUACAACAGAUCUCAGUCUGAACUCGUCGGUGUCAACACGGAAUUCGAAGCGCUCAAAUCAGAAAAAUAUCUUCUUGAAGAGCGUGUUAGAAACCUUCAAAUGUCGAAUCAACAAUACGAGACCAACUAUGUCGACAAAUCUCAUGUUCUCAGAGCUGAGGCAAGAGCUAGAGAAGCAGAAACCAAACUUGAAUUUGAAAAAUCCACCACCAAGAGGCUUGAAACGCAGAUCAAUAGGCUGAAGGACAACGCUGAAAAAUAUCAAAAUCAGAGAACGCAAGAUCUCUCCGACAAGGAUCGUGAGAAGGAUGCGUCGAGAAAAUCAAAGAAAGCUUUGCAGGAAGCUCGCGAGGAUCUUACUAUUGCCGAGCGCAAGUAUCACGAAUCCAAGUCCAAGGUUGAAGAGCUUGAGCUCGAGAUUACCCGCCUCAGUUCGACCAACGAAGCUCUCCAGCAAGACCUCAAACUCGCGUUCAAAAGAAUAUCAGAUCUACAGCAGGCAUUCGAGGCUCUUGAAGAUUCAGAUGUCGACUUGUCUGAUGUUUCGUCUGACGACGAUCCCGAUAAUAUGACGCUUUAUUCUUCCGCUUUACCUCCUGUAUCCCGCCUCGGUGGUUCAAUUUCCAGACUUGAUCGCGACGAUCAAAGCUGCAUCUCUUGUGGUGCCUCAGAAAGGCCAGAAUCUUCUCUAACUAUUGGAACUCUUCAUUCCGCGAUCACUGGUCUAUCUACUGUUGGCAGAGCAAAGAAGCGAAUGACAGGUGCUGAGCGCAAGAAAGCCGCCCAAAAGGCCCGAAAGAAGCUUGUGAAGGAAAUGGAUGCAUAUCAGGAGCGAUCUGAAUCACGCUGUGCGUCAAGGGCUGGCUCUAGACCUGGUUCACGAAGCGGCUCAGUUUCCAGAGCGAACAGAAAUAUUCUUGCUGAUACGGAGUAUAAUUCCAAACAAGCCGGUGCUGAUUUUACGAUGGAUGAGCUUACCAAAAAGCUUUCCGGGGCCGUCUCGCAGAUUGAUGAUAGCCUGAGCCGUGCUGGAUCUCCAACUGGAUCUAUGAUUUCCGAAAGCCGACAGGAGCUUGUAAAUCUUGUCGAUGAUUUCGGCGCUAACCGAGCUCAGUCUCGAAUGUCUCGGGCGUCGACUCUCCGACCAGGUUCACGUGUCGGUUCUCGAGCAGGUUCCAGAGCUGGUUCUCCUGAACGACCGAUGACUCUUCCGCCAGCAAGAAAAGAAAAUGACCCUAUCUUGAGAAAACUAGAAGAUAUUGAUCCAUAUUUGCUUCUUCACUCAACGCCCGAACAACUGGCCAAAGAACUUGGCAUGCGGCGAACUAAAGACGUCGGUGAUAUCAACGAAGAGAUCGAAAUCAUCCGAACGGAAUCGCGAAUGGGAUCAAGAAACGGAUCUCGCUCGCGAGCGUCCGACAUGGAGGAAAAAGAAUCACGCAGAGCUAAGGUUGGAGCGUUCGCAGAUGUCACUAGGCAAAUUGACAACAUGAAAACUGAUCACAUCAGGAGCAAAAUAUUUGCGAGACAUGAAGCCGAAUCGCUGAGUGAUUCAUGCUCGAAUGAUUCGAUCAAGAAGUCGCCACAGGAGGCAAGGAGGAAAUCAAUCCUGCGCAAACCGAAGGGACGAACUUCUGUUGACCUUGAUGACGAAAUUUCGCCAUAUGAUUCUAUCUCUAACGCUGGCCGAUUGAAAGAUAGAAAAUAUGACUUCGAGGAUGACGAUGAUGACGAGGAUGAUGCAAACGAUAUCGCUGAUGAUAUUGUCAGACAGACGAUGGCUCAAUACUCGACCAACUCUAAAAAGUUCAAUAAAUCCGUCGGCUAUGACGACAAUGACAUCUCGGACGAAGAAGAAAAGCUUCAAGCUGCGCGUGGAAAGAAAAAAACAAAUAAAAUUGUACUUUCCGACGAAAAUGAUGACGAUGAAUUUAAACCGAAGCGAGCUCCGCGAAAGCUUGGCGGGAAGACACUCGAGGAGCGUCAGAAAGAAGACCCAUUAGAUCUCACUAAAACUCGACAUCGGCUGUUGAUGCCCGAUCCGAAUGAUCCCCUUGAUCCUGCAAAUAUCGAAAAAAUGCUUGAAGCAAGGAUGAAAGCAAGACGAGCAUCGGAAGCAGGUGAAUCAGACGAUGAUAGAGAGUCCACAGUUUCCACUUCAUCCAAAGCAUCGAGAACAGGAGAGGACUGGUUGGAGAUGGCAGCCAGAGCGGCAAAAAUGAGCGCUGAACUUAGUGCUCUAGAUGCGGAGCCCAUAGAUAACGCCAAGUUUGACCGAGUUUACAAUGACGUCCUGGAAAAGAAAAAGUCCACUACUCCUGAAUCUGAUGACGAAGAUCUAUCAGAAGGCGACGAUGAAUUCGAUGUUCCUCCAAAAAGACAAUCAAAAGAUAGCAACGACAGUACUCCAAAGUUCCGCUCGCGUUUUCUCGACAAAGUCCGUGGAAGCAUCACCGAAAAACCUGAUCAAAGGAAAAUAGCUGAGGACUACAUAAAGGGAAGAACAAGUCGACAAAGCUCUGAAGGUUCCUCGAAUCGAGCAAGCAGUCGCGUUUCUUUCACUGAGCCGAUAAGUUCGAAAAGCCGCAAAGAACGAAACCGAGCUCCUUCUGGUCAAUCUAACUUCACCCUGGAUCCCGAUGGAGAUGAUGUAUCGCUGGCAAGAUUCGGAGUUCGAUGUGAAACUGCUACGCCGAUUUCAGGCUCUCGUAAGACUCGACAACGAAGUGGAGACUCGACGAUUUCGACGAGCUCAAAUCGCAAAUCUGAAAAAGUGAAAGACAUCAUGUCCGGAUAUCUGAGGAGCUGA